AUGUCAAGAACAUUCAACACGAAGUGUUUUCAAUCGAGAACAUGUCCAGCAAUACAGGCUCCCAGCUCUCGAAAGGCGAAGCAUGCCUCGUUUGCAGACAUCGUAAAGUCGUACGCCGUUCUAUUUUGUUGCAUUAUGCACCUCUCAAAUAGUCUGUUGCAGAGAUGUGAUGGCGUUCGCCCAAUCUGUGGCCCCUGUGCAGCCUCCAAGCCUACAGCUUGUAGUUACGAAGGAGUGAGCGAGCAGCGUGCUCUACAAGAGCAGGUAUUAGCGAUGGAAGAUCGCUUGCAACAAUUGCAGAGUUCUCGCGGAAUACCCCUGCAUCAUCCGUACAAACCAGAGGCUGGACAGUCUGAACUGGUUCACUCUGCUUCAAAUAUUCACGACAUCCCCACCGAAGUUCUUCGAGCACUGUUGCGCUCUUUUAUACCUUACUCGACAGACUUCGGUUUCUUCCUCCACGGCUCUCGGUUUCAGUCUUCGGUGGAACCCUCUCCUGCUCUUUCAAGUGCCAUCUACCUGAUGGGCUCGUAUCUCAGCCCCGAUAAGAAAUCAUCUGCUCUCCAGCCGGAGCUUCUUGCUCGGUCACUGCGGGAAUCCGCUCGAGGAUUGUCGGGAAACCACCCACACAAAGUGUUGCACACCGUUCAGGCAGAGGUCCUCAUUGCGCAAUAUCUCUUCCUGCAAGGAAGGCAUACGGAGGGCAAGUAUCACAUUAGCACGGCAACUUCUAUCGUCUUGGGUGCAGGACUUCAUAAGAUCCGGUCAGGUCAGCAGUCCAUUCCGGGAUCCGGGAUGGUUUUGCCUGCACCGCGAGAUGCAACUGAGGAAGUGGAAAGAGUCAAUGCACUUUGGACCGUGGUGAUAUUGAAUUAUUGCUGGACUCCCACUGAUGGUACUUGGGCCAAUGGUGCAUAUGACAUGCCUGAAUACAGGAUUGAUGCCCCUUGGCCGCUUGACCUCGGUGGCGAGAUGGAGUCUCAGUUCCCAAGUAAUCUUCACAGCGGGUAUACCGUCCAGAAUUUCUUAGCCAAUUCUAAUGACGGUGUUCGUUCUCUGAAUGCGCUCCACUCCAAGGCGGCUGUUCUUUUCCAACAGAUUUCUCUUUUGUUGAGAGGCUAUUCCCCUAACAUGGAUGUCCGUCAAACUGCGAAAUUCCAGCACGACUUUAAGAAACUGGAUAGUCUCGCUCGCGGGUUCAUAUCUGAGCUACCACCAUUGGCGCAGGCCCCUUCGAGAGGUUCGGUUCGAAAGCUUCUAGUUAUCCACACAUUAGCUCGGAUAUCAACCGUUCAACUUCACUCCAUCUUCGCUGGUCAAGAUCCCAAGUCACAGUCUUUUGUUCUUUCCAUCGCGCAGAAUAUUGUUGUGCUCCUACGUGAAGCCAAAUUAAACGACUUCCCUUUCAUAGAUCCAAUAAUGGGCAUCCUCUGGGUGACGACGGCCAACCUCUUCAUCGGUGAGCUGGCUGCUAUGCGGACACGUGCUCCUCACGCCCAAAGAUCUCGUCCCGAAGAAAUGAUUGCUGCAGUCGAGACGAUUAUGUCUGUCAUGUCCUUCUUUGCUCCACACUCUCCUCUCAUUGACGCUCAGCUCGCGCAGAUUCGGAGGAGCGUAGGCUGA